AUGGCAGCUUCAGGACCUCCAGGCCGAGGCAACAUGCCUCAGGGAAUAGGGUCAGGUGAUCCUGCCAGUGGUGACUCCCAGCAGAACCAGAGCUUGAUUCAGGCCCGGCCACCUCCACGUAAUCAGGAGCUGCAGAUAUCUUCUAGCACCAUGGAUUCUUCUGAAAACCAGACAAUGGCUGUGGUCAUCGACCCUCUGUCUACUAACCGGUCGGUCACCUCUUCGCAGCCUGCUUUUUCCGAUAAGUCUGAAAAUAAGCUAGAGUCGACUCCGAAGAGUAGAGGAAAUACCUUCGGUUCCCUUGCUACAAAGCGCAUUCAGCAGGAGCUCCUUGAAUUGUCUCAAGACCCCCCAACACUGUGCUCUGCAGGCCCAGUGGCAGAAGAUAUAUUCCACUGGCAAGCCACCAUCAUAGGGCCUGAGGAUACCCCUUACCAGGGAGGGGUCUUCUUCCUCUCCAUCCACUUUCCAGUGGAUUACCCGUUCAGGCCGCCCAAGAUCACAUUCACAACAAGAAUUUACCACCCGAACAUCGGCAGAAGCGGCAACAUCUGUCUAGAUAUCUUGAAAUCCGAGUGGUCACCGGCGCUGACGAUCUCCAAGGUAUUGCUGUCCAUCUGCUCCUUGUUGUACAAUCCCAACCCGGAUGAUCCUUAUGUUCCUGAAAUUGCGAAGGUCUUCCGUAGUGACAGGAUGAUAUUUAACAAAACCGCUCGGGAGUGGACUGAGAAAUAUGCCAUGUGA